GGGUCACCCAGGCAACAAGAGUAUUUGAGGUGCCAAGAAUGUGCAUGUGUGUUAAAUGUAACCAACGGUGGUCAUACUCCAAAACACAUUGUUAACGUGAUUUUUUUUCCUUUUUUUCAUCUUUAUUGUUUUUUUUUUCAAACACAAAAAAAUCUAUGGAGAAAUUAAACCUAACCAGCCAGUCGAAAACCAGAGUUGUAUGUACUACCUGCGCACGAGAGUGAACAGAAGUAACGUGGCACAGUGCCAGUGAUACGUGUCAACAAACCCAGUGGGAGUGCCAUGAUGACUGCAAAGUUCACACCUGCGGGUGACACCGUUCUCAGGUGGCGUCAGGAAGUGCCAAGUGGUGUGUCACGGUGUCAGCUUCAGCCAGCGAGAUGAAGAUCAACAAGGCACUGUUGCCCAUCAAGGCUCACUAUUUUAUAUUCUGGGGAACGUACGCGUCCGCCCUGCCCUUCAUGAUGGUCGUGGCGCGGCAGCUAGGCAUCCCGGUGGCGCUGCAGGGGACCGUCACGGCCGCCGUUAUCGCCGCCGCCGUCUUGGCCAAGCCCGUGAUCUCCGCGGCGGCCGACCACCUUCCCUCCCUCAGGAAAUCGAUCUUCCUGGGACUCCUGACGGUCAUGGUGACCACGCUGGCGCCCAUCGGGUUUCUGAGGCCUCUGUACCCGGCGCCGGUGUUCCACGGGGCGCUCGGGCCCGGGGUGGUGGCUGCCAAGGGGGAGGACGAGGAUGCGGCGAAGGGGGCUCUAAGGGCGCGUGAUACAGGCACGUGCUAUGUCUCAGCGGCUUGGGACUGUGACGUCACGUGCUUCCCAACCCAGCCAUGUCCUCAGGCCACUUCUCCCUCUGGCUUCGCCCUCUCCCUCUACCACCACAGCGCUGACGACCCCGAACAAAAGGGCGAGAACGGGACAGACACACUCCAGCAGGAAGGUCGUCGUUUCUACACAAUGUCUGGCCUUCAGUUCCCCGCUACUUUCGAAGCAGUCAAUGCCAGUGUACGUUGCAAAGGAGGGGAAUGGGAGGGUCGUGGCUGCCACGCCCCCUGGGAGUCGGCCGAGUUCUGGCUCUUCGUGACUCUCCUGCUGGCGGGGCAGGUCGCCGCCUCCACCGUGGAGUCCAUAUCGGAUGCAGUCUGUCUCGAUAUCAUAGGAGAAAACGGGGACUACGGAAGGCAGCGGGCAUGGGGCGCUCUAAGCUAUGGUAUCGUGGGUACGCUGAGUGGUAUCCUGGUAGACUGGUACUCCGGACCUGGCGUGGUAAAGAACUACAUGCCUGCUUUUCUCCUGCUGGUUCUGCUGGGAACGCUUGACGUUUUGCUCUCCUCAGCGACCCUCAAGAUUCCCAAAUUCGAGGGCAACUCCGCUAUCUGCAGCAACCUGCGCCCUCUCCUCCGCCAGCCCGGGUUCUUCAUCUUCUUGUGUUUUACUUUCCUUAUCGGAUUCUUUGAUGGGCUCGAUACAGGCUAUGUUUUCGUGCUUCAAGAAGACAUAGGCGCCGGAACAAGUUUGGUCCAACACAUGAAAUUCAUCCAAGGAUUAACUUUACUCGUACAGGCCAUCUCCGCCGCUCCGUUUAUGUUUGUCUACGCCAGGGUGGAAUCGAGGCUGGGUCCGGGGCACAUCAUCACCCUGGUCUUCCUGCUCUUCAGCCUGCGAUUGGCCGGGCUGGCCACGGCGGGCUUCCUGGGCCAAGUGUGGGGUACUGUGGCCAUAGAAAUGAUUAAUGGCCCUUGCUUCGGCUUGGGGUAUUCGGCCAUUAUCGUCCAGGCAGGGGCCAUCACGCCCCCGGGCACUUCAGCUACUGUUCAGAGCCUCGUGGGUAUCUGCUACGGUACUCUAGGCUACGCUGGUGCAAGUUUCGUGGGCGGUGUACUGUACGAUGCGGUGGGCGGCCCCGUGCUGUACCUGUGCAUGGGCGUGGCUGCUGCGCUCACCUGCCUUCUGCACUUCGUGUACAAUAAGUAUAUGCCUCAGAAAAUAGAGAAGACAAACGAGGAAUUAGCGCUCGAAACAAUUCUAGAAAAGGGAGCCUCAUACCGAGUGGAAAAAGGACAUCUUAAAAAGAGAGAAAGGGGAGACGAGGAGAGAAAAGCAAGCGACGAAGAGAAGAGAGGGGAAGCGACUGCGAUGAUAAAAGGGGAAGGAGACAUAGACCUCGAUGAUAAGGAAUUUCACGAAGAGAGGGAAAAGCAACAAGAUGAGACGUGAUUAUUUGAGGAAGAAAUAAGUAUUAUGAGUGUUUUAAGGAUAUAGAUUUAGUAAACUGACUUGGAUAAAAAAAUUAAACUUGUAAUGAUCGUUGUUGUUUGAUAUAGAAGGAAAAAUACUGUGAUUUGCAUAGCAAAGUUUACAUAUCUGUGAAUAGAAAAUCAUUUUGAAAAGCAAAUUGAGCUUCUUGAUAAGAACAGUUGGUGGAUGAGAAAAUGAUAUAUUUCAUCUGUUAGAUAUUAGAUGAUGUGUGUACAAAGAAAAUAAAAUAUGGUCUUACCUAUGGGAAACAUACCUUCAAAAGUAUCAUACCAACGUAAUCUUGCUUAUCUAUCCUGACUCUCUUCGAAUCUAUACACUAUUGAUUCUCAGCCUGUAUAAUCCCUUUCCCUCCUAUUUCUCUUCUCCUCUCUCCCUCCUAUUUCUCUUCUCCUCUCUCCUUCCUCCCUUUCUCUAACCCUCCCUUUCCCUCACUCUUCUUUCAUCCCUCCCUCUCUCUCCUCCCUUCUCCCUUUCUCUAACCCCCCUUUUCCCCUUACCCCCGUACACCGUCGGCUGGAUAUACUUCCUUAUUUUCUCAUAUAAGAGAAAAUGAGUGGUAUAAAGCCAUAUAAAAACAGAAAACCAUGAAUUACAUAGAUUUCGCAUAAAAUAAUAUUAAUAGCAAAAAAUAUACCAACUGUCUGCUUGUUUUUUCAUACAGUUCAGACAAAAAUUACCAGAUACAUUAUCAGUAAAAAAUGUCAAGCAGUUUAUAUGUAUUUUAAAACUAGCACAACUAUGCAUAAAUUACCUUGCAUAUGCUACUGCCUUGUAAAUUUUUACAUCCCAGGCAAAGUUUACUCCCAGUUAAGAAUCACGGAUUUACUGCAUUAUAUAUUUUUUUUAAAUGAGGAUUGGUAUGACAGGAAUACUUUGUAGGGAAAGGUUACUGAAUCAUGGUAGCAGAUCCAGUACCUAAUAUGGGAAAUAUUUUAUAUCAGAUUUUUCUAGGAAGGGAUACAGUAAUUAUAUAGUAAACAAGCUGUUUCCUUUUAAAGUGAAAGGAUGAGUUAAGCUUUAUAUAAUAGGUAAUUUCAAUGCUAACAGUAUUUUGGAGAGUUGAUGUGUUUUAAGAUGCGAGUGUUCAAAUAAGUUUAAAAAACUGAACAAUGAAAAUGUAUAUGGAGAAUAUUUUCAUUACCGUUUACAGUAAUUAUUAUUAGGAACCAGAAUAUUUUUUUAUGUAUCUGAUACCUAGCACCCAUUCAAGUACUGGUUAUACUAUUUCUUAUCACUCUCAACACUUCAGUAGAUAUGAUAAUAAGUUGAACAUAAAACCUGUAUAUUCAUAUAGGCCACUGGAUAACAGAUUUUUAUUCCACUUUCUCCAGAGUGGGAUCAGUGGUGUCAAAAGAAUAAUAGGCUACACCUAGUUCUAUGUGUGAUCACUUAUAAGCUCAAGCUGUUUAAUAUUAUUUCAUUGCUUGUAAUAAACACAAUAAAUAUUUUUAUACAUAUAAAAAGGUUACUUACUUAUGCAGUGUUUUCUCAUCUCCUGACAAGUCUAAUGUCUCCCCUUGGAGACUUUGUCAUGUCACACAGGAUUCCAUACCAUUUUAACAAGGAUUGAUCCAUCCACCAUAAAUAGUCUGCUUGAUGGUCCAUGCACUUGUGAGUGCCACACAAGUGUUGGCCUCUCCUGACCCUGCUGAGCACAGUGGUGCCCUUGUUUACAAGAUCUGUAGAUUAUCACUCUUAUAUUCUUGUAAGACACAAGGCUUUUCCCCUCCAUAGGAUCAACUCUCUGUAGCUGAAAUGCAGUGUUCCCCUGAACUGCCAUUCCAUCUACUUUAUAACCACUGGAAAACCAUUACCAUGGUGUAUAAUGGUCUCCUUGGGUCAGGAUUAUCUAUAAUACACCUUUCAAAGACUACUACCAUAAGUCUAGCUGUUGACAAAAGGUAACCAAUUAAAUUAAUUGUAGCUAACAAAAUCUUAUUUAUUAACUACUUUUGUGCCAUUCUUUUCUAAUGAACUAACUAAUAAUAUACUAUUCUUCAUGACUGCACUCACUAUUCCAUACAUGAGUGUCCAAGAUGAGGAAAUUGAGAAUUAGUAUGUUGAAUUAUAGUUUUUUUAUCUUCCAAAUCUUUGUAAUGUUAAUAAAAUAUAUGAACAGUU